CAGACACAAAGAAAGACAUAGUAAAAAGGAGAAGGCUAGAGAGGGAGGAGUGACAGACAGAGCGGGUCUUCUUUGUGGAGUGCGGUGUGACAUUGAAAGAGGAACAACAUAGAUUCUUCAACGGAGACUGAACUUGAUCUUUAUUCUUGCUAAAUAAGAAAACUCUACCAAAAUAAAAAUAAAAGGAAAACAAGACAACAAAGAGGAGCAAGUAGAAGGAAUAAUGAAGGAUUUGGAACAGGCACUAGAGCUGGGGGUCUCUCAACAGAAAAGAUUCAACGCCUCUAAACCCAAAGUUUGGCUCAGGAAUGAAUGUGUCCGUGUUGGACUUGCUGAAACCCUCUGCACAUAUAUCAUGAUGGUGUUUGGUCUGGGGUCCGUGGCCCAGGUAGUGACAGGGCAGGGAGCGUUCGGAGAGUACCUCAGCAUCAACCUGGGCUUUGGACUCGGUGUUGCUAUGGGGGUUCAUGUUGGAGGGAAAGUCUCAGGGGCUCACAUGAAUGCAGCAGUGUCAUUCACAAUGUGCACGUUUGGCCGGCUCGGAUGGAAGAUGCUGCCUCUGUAUGUUUUUGCACAACUAUUGGGGUCAUUUCUGGCGGCAGGGACAAUAUAUGGUGUCUAUUACGAUGCCAUACAUGAAUUUUGUGGAGGAAACCUGAGUGUAACCGGGGAAAUGGCCACAGCUGGUAUCUUUGCCACCUACCCCGCACCGUACCUCUCCUUGAUGGCUGGAUUCCUUGAUCAGAUCUUAGGCACAGCCUUGUUGCUGCUUUGCCUGAUGGCGUUGUCCGACCAGAGGAACAAACCGGCAGCAGCGGGCACAGAGCCAAUCGCAGUGGGUCUCCUAGUUCUCCUCAUUGGCAUCUCUAUGGGCAGAAACAGUGGCUAUGCUAUCAACCCCACCAGAGACAUCGCCCCCAGGCUCUUCACUGCUGUAGCAGGCUGGGGGAUGGAGGUGUUCAGGGCUGGAAAUGGUUGGUGGUGGGUGCCACUGGUUGCCCCCCCCAUUGGAGGAGUACUGGGUGCAGGACUCUACAAGGUCUUGGUGGAAAUGCACCACCCUCACGUCUCUGAACCGGGUGAAGGGCUGAUGGAGGAAUUUGAUGAGGAGACUGCCCCCCUGGAGAAACAGAAGAAAAUCUGUGCCAAUACGUGCACCAUUCCAGACUUGCUUUUGGACAACAUGCUCUCAAUGAGCAUAGCGAAGCUAACCAAACCCGACCCUUGAAGGACUUGCGAGCUGCUCGACUAACCCAUGUUGGUUGUGUAGAAGGAAAAGCUGGUUGAAUGGUUUUCCUAUGAUGGAAAAAUCUCACCGCUUUCCCCCACUGUGGUGUCUUACGGCGCUGCCUUGGCUCUUUGCUGCGCUCCCUAGGCUGCACGGUGUCGACUGCUUCUUCUUUAAGAUGGGUGCCUUGACUUUGCCUUUGAAGGCCUUUGUAGGAUCCAGCUUGUUGAGGUGGGAAUCUCCUGCAGGAUCCGCAAAGUUGAGCUCACUGCUGAAAGUCAGAGGCUGGUACAGUGAUGCCCACUGCUGCAGAGGGAACAGGAGGUAGAUUGUUUACAAUGCUGCUCAGCAUAUGUAGACUAAAUCAUAAAAGACCUGUGCAAUGUGGUUUAAGAACUGAGCACAACAGUGGUCAACUACAAGGAAAUGGCAAAGUGCCAUAACUUUCUAAGGAAAGCGUUCCGGCCCUGUAAUCUGCAUUCAGUGCAAAAAAAUAAAAGUUUCUAUCUCUGAUGAAGAGGUUAAAAACUGUUAGGCCUUGUGUAAGUGUCUAGGAACUUUAAGUAUUAUGUCUUAAUAUGUGAAAUGAGCCAACUUUUAGUUUACUGUGAAUGAAACAGAACAAAUAAAUAUAUAUUUUAUUACACAUGCAA